AUGAGCGACGACCACUCUACUUCUUCCUUCCAUGGCAAGCAUCGUCGUCACAAGCCCACUCAAGGCGCGACACAAAGAAAGGACAAUCUUCUCUCCUACUAUCAGUCUCCUCUUGCCAAUGACGGCAAGGACUAUGCCCGUCCAACUAGUCCUGCAAAACAACCUUCUACGCGCAUCCUUCGUAAAAUGUCCACCACCUCCACUUCCUCCUCUGAUUACUCUUACGAUUCCGAGACAACUGACCGCUCUGGAACGGCUGCAAGAUCAGAAGCAUCGUCCGCCACGCGUCGAUCGAGCACCCCUUCACAAGGCGGCGCUGACAGGCGUAGGGUAGCAAUUGUUCAAGUGGAGACUUUGAAUGAAGGAACAUCGAAAGCUUCAUCAUCUGGAAACAGUUCGACCGGUUCUAUAAGAUCCCGACGCGGUUACAAGUCGAAUUUGUCGGGGCUGGCUCUGGUAGCUCCUCCAGACGCGGCUCCGAGGUCAUACACUCAGCUAACACCACCUUCUACCGCACCUGCUAGCGGCAAACACUUCUUGCCCCACGAACGCGACCAUUUUGACAAAGGACACCAGAGAUCUACCUCUGAAGUUCAAGUUGCACCUCCAAAGAAGACCUCACCCCGUGAUGUUGGUAUUGUCGGCACGGCGCGAAAUGCCGUCAUGUCCGAAUCAAGGUCAUUUAUGGAGAAUAAGGACAGAAGGGACAAGAAGGAAAUGGAGAACAAUAACAAUCUUACCCUGCAACCACCCAUCUUUCAAUGUCCAUCCAAAUCACGAACACCAUCCCCCAUACCCAAUGCCAUCUCUGAGAAGUUAGAUGAAGAGGCAAAUAUGCUUUCCCCUGUCAGUUCAUACUAUAAAGCCAUGAAUCCUCGACCCAUGGUUUCCCCCAUUGUCACGCCUGAGAUCGGGGAAGGCAAGGAAAUUCAUGUACCAGUCGCAGCGCCAGUAAUUGUUAGUGUACACUCUACGAUUCAACACCUCAAGAAUUCGCCAGCUUUGUCACGCCGAACGGAUACGCCAGAUACUGUCAAUAUCUCUCAAUCGGUGCCAAUUCCAGAAUCGUUCCUUCAUUAUCAGCCUGGCGUACAUGCAACCGCAGGUCCACUACCCCCACCGCCUCGUGCGGCGUUUAGUAUUGAUGUCCGGAGCCCACCCCCUCCUCGACCUCCACGGCUCAAUUCUCCCAACCCAUCACGCACAAGGGGUGACAUGGAAAUCGUCAAGCAAGCUUUGCAGUUACCUCCUUCGGUGUCUGCGAUCCUUUCGUCGAAAUUGCCCGAAACACAGCCCCUGAAGGUAAACAAGGAUGUUAGAGGAGGUUCCUCCCAGUCCUUGUCUUGUAAAGACUCGCACGUAUCAGUGACCCAAUCUAUUCAUAGGCGAGAAGGUGCAUUUUCGCCAGCGUUUGUGGACGAAGAAUCCAAAAUUUCUGCUCCAUCCAUUCAUUCGCCCCCUGUUCUGGAUCAUGUCGCAAAGGUUGAAGAAGAAGUUGUCAAUCAACCACCUCAGUUGGAGACCAACGACAUCCCUCCUGUCACAGUUGAUGAUAUUCCUGCAGUCACCAUUGACGAGGUGCCCGCCCCACCAGCCACAGACAGCGGACACAGUUGGGUGGAUGUUGAACGAGAAUUAUCUCCAUCUCCCGAGGGUCAAACGAGCGCCCCUCUAGCUCACUCAAGGCAUGGCAGCUCUCCAACUUCACCUUCGAUGUCACUUGAGGCACCAAGUCCACCCCCCAAGAGUCUUAGAAACAGCUUAACUACCAAUCUCAAACGCUUCUCAUCCCUUCCAAGGACCCCGUCGUUGUCAUCAAAGUCUAACAACCGAUCAUCAAGCGGUACAAGCUACUCGUCAAGGACGCCUUCACCAUCAAUACAUCAUGUUAUUCGACCUCAUCGACCAAAAAUCAGGUCAAGAGACCCUGCUGCGUUAUUUUGCCAUGAAGUCUUCUCUCAAAGGACACCAAUGGAACGAUGCGUCAUCUACGCGACGAAGAUUAAUCAGUUAUAUAUUCAUGAUUGCGGCUUAUCGGACUGGGUUACGGAGAUGAAAAACCGAGGCCCAAAUGGUCGAACACGUGCUCCCCCUCAACAACAAUAUACACCCCAACCAAGGCAGACUUCACGGUCGUCAAUGAUAUCCGAAAUGACAUUUCCUCGUCGGCCUGAUGCAUCAACCGCAACCGAUUUGUCUCAUGGUGCAUACGAUGAUAUUGCAACACCCCGUCUACCAUCAACCCUUCCUUACCCAUCACUUGCCGUCCAUCCACCACGCCCUUCACCUACGCGCUCUAAUUCCACUGUUAGCAGUGGAACAGCGCCUUCAUCCAUCCGCUCCUUGGCGCCGUCAAAUUCAACAUCAAAGACGGCAGGUUUCUUCGCGUCUUUGGGAAGGAAGGCUAGUAUAUCAUCUGGAAAGCGAGAGAAGUUAGCUCCUCCCGCGCCUGCCUCCACGACGGGUUCUGGAAAAUUGCUGACAAAAACACCUUCCUUGACACCAAGUGCUAUCUCGCGUCCAAUCAAUAUCAAUAGCAAUCCCGCGGUCCCCGGUGGGCCACGCGCACCACCAAGCCGAGCCCAGCGUUCUCAAACUCUUAUGACAACAUCCUCGCAUUCACCUUCGCCCAUCGACCGUAGUGAUGCUCUCGGUCGGCGACCCUCGUUAUUCAACCUCCCGUCGGACAGCGUCAUUGACAUCCAGGCGGAUCCUGAUUUUGCUCUCCAAGUAGACAAACUAUCGGAUCUUCUACCUCAUGCGAAUCGUGACAUUCUUGCUCGGUACUUGCGGUGUGCUGGUCAGGACAUUCUUGCCAUUGGACAAUACCUCGAAGAUGAGAAAAACGGUGCUAUUAGGACUGAUUGA